UUUAUUGAUCCACCCAUCAUAUCUGGUCUGAGGAUUACAAGGGGAUGAGAAAUGGUAUGUUGGACAUAUUAUCGUGAUGUGAUCUCCAUCUGACAUUGACAGAGUGUCGGAUCCAGAGCUAAGGUGUGGAUUUUGCAAUGGCCUUGAGAAUUUGCUUCGGGGGAGGAGGAAAAAAAAACCCAUGACCCUCAAGCUUAGUUUCAAAAAUAGAUGCCAUUCUUGCUCACUCCCCCCCCCCCCAAUGAAGAAUGACCAGCUGAUCCAGUAGGAGAAAGGCUGUGGCUUAGUCCUGCCCUUCUGGCUUGCCUAUAUAAAGGGGAAUCUCUCCAAAGUUUCUGCAACUCGGACCUUUGCUUUGCUUUGCCUUCCACCACCAGAACCAUGUCUACUACAUUUUCGAGCCGCAGCCUGUCUUUCUCUGGCAGUGUACGUGGACCCAGAUCGGGGAGCACACUGAGCAUAGCCAGGCCUCAAACAGCCUCAAAUAUCUAUGGGGUCAUGAGUAGCCUUCCACCCUCAGCCAAAGAUACUAUGGCACGGCGUUAUGGGCCGGAGACAGACAUCCUUGACAUCAACCAAAAAGGCACCAUGCAGAAUUUGAACGAUCGCCUGGCUGCAUACCUAGGAAGGGUGCACUCCUUGGAGGAAUCUAAUGCACAACUGGAGCAGAAUAUCAGGGAAUACUAUGCGAAGCGGGCAUCAGCUGGUGGCCCGGAUCUGAGUGGUUAUUUCAACACCCUUUCAGAGCUGAAGGCUAAGAUUGAACAGGAGACCUUGAAUAAUGCUGGGCUGCUCUUAAGAAUUGACAAUGCCAAACUUGCUGCUGAUGAUUUCAAAGUGAAGUUGGAAUCUGAGGUAGCCAUACGUUUGUCCCUGGAGGGGGACGUCAAUGGACUACGCAAAGUCCUGGACGAUGUAAAUGCAAGCCGGGCUAGCUUGCAAGUCCAAGUAGACAAUCUACAAGAGGAACUGGUCUACCUUAAGAGAAACCAUGAGGAGGAAGUGGCUUCUCUCCAGGGACGACUUGGGGGCACUGUCAAUGUGGAAGUGGACUCCAUGCCUGGUGUUGAUCUUCAGAAAGUUCUGGCUGAGAUCCGUGACCAGUAUGAGGAUGUUAUGGAGAAGAACCGCCAGGAAGCUGAGGCCCUUCACAAAGCCCAGUGUGAUGCGAUCAACCAGCAGGUUGCUGACAGCAGUGAAGCCCUCCAGGCUGCACAGCUGAAGAUCACCGAGUUGAGACGAUUGGCUCAGGCUUUGGAGAUUGAGCUACAGUCUCUCCGGAGCACGAAAAUCGCCCUGGAGGGUACCCUGGUGGAGACUGAAUCCCGCUAUGGGAUGGAGCUGUCACGGCUGCGUGAACUGAUCUCUGCCAGGGAAUCAGAGCUGUUCCAGCUGAGAUCUGAGGCCCAGCGCCAAGCUGAGGAUUACAAGCGGUUGAUGGACAUCAAAAACAAACUGGAGCAGGAGAUUGCCACUUACCGGCGUCUUCUGGAAGGGUUGGAUACUGAGCCACCAUCUCCCCCAGAGCACACCACAAGUCGUCGGGUGAAGACUCUCAUUGAAGAACUGGUUGAUGGCCAGGUGGUGUCCUCUCGCGUGGAGGAGGUGGAGCAACCACUCUAAAUGAUGUUGAUAUGGCAUCCAAAUUAGUGGCAGAGCAAUUGUGGUGAUGGUGGUGGUGCUGGUGGAGGUGAGCUCAGUUCUGCAUAGCUUAUUUCUAGUGAGUUUAUUCCACUGCUACAGGCAACAGCCUGCAAAUAAAGUGAAAUAUUUUCCAUUGAAUUGACAUGUGAAAAUAAAGCAAAAUUGUCCAUGUCUUUGAAA